AUGGCAAGCUACAACAAUUACGAGAUUGUGAGUGACUGGUUUACCUCAGAGAAUAUUAACGACUUGGAAUGCAAACUGUGCGUCGGUGAUAGGCUGGAGUUCACCAGCCACCACACAGAUGCACACUGGGGUAUAUACGUCGGUCAAUACCAAGGUAUAAGACACACUGUCAUCCAUUGUGGUUUAUUAGAGAGAGAGGUAGUCUUGGCCAAUCAAAAGCCCGAGAUACGAGCUGACACAAUUGGAAGGAUUCUUGUCAGCUCUGGCAAGGUGAGGAUCAACAACUCCAGUGACACUGACCAAACAGCUAACGAUUCCCAACUCAUCAUGGAAAUAGCCAAGAAAAUGCACCUAGACAAAACGCCGAGUGAUUACAACCUUCUCAGUGAGAACUGCGAGCACUUCGCAAAUUAUUGUAGAUACGGUGCUCCCAGCAUCGAGCAGGCUGCUUCAGCGGUGGGGACGUUUUGGAGUUUCCUCCGGUCAGUAAUAGGUAAGUUAGACUUGAAAAUGAGUCACUAG